UAAAAACAAUCCAUGCAUUUUCACAAAAAACAUUAACUCCAGAAGAGUGGAAAAAAUCAGAAGUGAUAAAAAGUCCUAUAAAUAUAGCCGAAGAAAACUAAAAUGAUUCAGUUCAAAGUGUCUGCACCAGGAAAAGUUAUUCUUUUUGGAGAACAUGCUGUAUUGUUUGGGAAAACAGCUGUUGCAGCUAGUAUAGAUUUACAUACAAAACUAGACUUUACACAAUUACCUGACACAGAACAGAUUAUUAAAAUAUGUUUUCCUAAAGUAAAUUUAUUUAUUAGUAUACCUUUACAACAAAUACAAAAUUUUUUUUUUGCCAACAAAGAUAUAGAAUUUAUAGAAAAUUAUGAGAUGUUUUAUAAUAAAGUAAAAGAAUUUGUUGGUAUUAUUAGUUAUGCAAAUCUACCACAAAAAUUAAGCUUAGAAGCAUUCUUUUAUCUUUUUAUUUAUAUUGCACAAAAAGAAAAUAUUGAGAUAAAACCUUUUCAAGUUCAGUUAAACACAGAACUGCCAAUUAAUUCUGGACUUGGUAGUUCUGGUUCAUUUGCAGUUUGUCUUGCUGCAUGUUUUCUACACUGGUCACAUUAUCAAAAAGAAAUUUACAAAGGAUUUGAGUUUUCUGAUCUAGAAAUUAUUUCAAAAUAUGCUUUGAAUUGUGAAAGAAUCAUGCAUGGCAAUCCAUCUGGAAUAGACACUUCUGUCUGUACAUACGGAUCACUGAUAGCAUUUAAAAAGGGUGCUUAUAUAAAACAAAUAAACCCUUUCUUCUACUCUAUAAAAGUUUUAUUGGUAGACACAAGAGUUACUAGAAGCACAAAAGCUCUAGUGGAAAAAAUCGUAGAACUAAAACAUAGAUAUCCUGUUAUUAUUGAUCUGAUUAUGGACACAAUCAAUAAUAUAUCAAAAGAAGCAAUUGAAAUUAUUCAAAAGUUUAAAGUUUUCUCACCUUUGGAUAUUGAAGACUGCAGACAACUAAUGACACUUAUUAACAUGAAUCAAGGAUUAUUAGCCACAUGUCAAGUUUCUCAUCCAUCUUUAGACAGAAUUUGUGCAGAAGCACAAAAUUAUGCUCUGGCAGCAAAACUUACUGGUGCUGGUGGUGGUGGACAUGCAUAUAUUCUCUUAUUACCAGAUACUCAGCCAGAAACAAUUUCAAGCCUUUCACGAAAAUUAACUGCAGAUGGAUUUACUGUUACACUUACAAGUUUAGGAGGUCCUGGGGUACAAAUUGUCAAAUAA